UUUGUGAAAUUACUGACCCUGUUACACAAAAACAUCACUUUUUUUCUCACUUAUAAGCACGAAUAUUGAGCAAAAACACUGUUUAGUGUAUCUUUAUUAUAUUUACAUACAGAUUUACACAGCACAAGAAGUCUUACGGACAGUUUUAGAACUUAGCCGUUUUGGUUUCUCAUCCGUUUAGAUACACGCCCCCUGUUGGCCGUUGUGUUAAACUGCAGCGGUUGAGGCAUGAUGAAUGCAGAGUGGGAGGGCUGGUCGGAGCAGUGAAAGUGGAGUGGGUAGGCUGGUUGUUGAGGAAAGUGCUGCGCCUCAGGACCCUCCUCUCUUCACUACGGCGCUUCUCGCCCGUUGUUCGUGAGACGUGAGGCCCUUCUGAACAACUCCGGCUCGCCUUGACUACCUUUCUGUUUUAAAGAAGUCCCUGUCUGAUAUUUCUCCGGACCCUUACUGCCUUAUUUGGAUUUUUAUUACCUUCUUUUUUGAAUUGACCAACGGUUUUUAACGGCUCCGGCCAUGGCAGCGAGCGCGAAGCGAAAACAGGAGGAAAAACACCUGAAGAUGCUGCGGGAAAUGACGAGUUUAGCGCUCAACCGAAAGUGCUUCGACUGCGACCAGCGCGGCCCGACCUACGCCAACAUGACCGUGGGCUCGUUCGUCUGCACGUCCUGUUCAGGCAUCCUACGAGGCCUGAAUCCUCCCCACAGAGUGAAGUCUAUCUCCAUGACGACUUUCACGCAACAGGAAAUUGAAUUUCUACAGAAGCAUGGAAAUGAGGCAUGUAAACAGAUAUGGCUUGGCCUUUAUGACGACAGAAACUUGGCCAUCCCAGACUUCAGAGAACCUCAGAAGGUCAAAGAGUUUCUUCAGGACAAAUACGAAAAGAAGCGAUGGUAUGUUCCUCCAGAGCAGGCUAAGACUGUGGCGUCGGUUCAUGCGUCUAUCUCUGGUUCAUCUGCUAGCAGCACCAGCAGUACUCCAGAGGUCCGACCUCUCAAAACCUUACUGGAGGAAUCAGUACCCAGUUUACACUUUAGCAAAAACACACCCAGCCAGUCUCCGGUUGUGUCACGCGCUCAGCUGGCCCAGCAGCAGUAUCAGGACAGGAAGUUCGAUCUGCUCAGCGAACUGGGUGGCGACAUUUUUGCUGGUCCGCAUUCUCAAUCCACAGGCAACGCAAACUUUGCCAACUUUGCACAUUUCAACAGUCAUUCGGCAGCGCAGAAUGCGAAUGCUAAUGCAGACUUUGCCAAUUUUGAUGCGUUCAAAAGUUCUGCUGCUCCAACCGCAGCAGCAUUUCCACCAGCUCCACAGGACUCAUUUCAGCCCACACAACCAGUGUACAACAGUCUCCCAUUUAGUCGCAGUGUGGGAGAGUUUACCUCAACGCUGCCUCCACUGGCCAUGCACAGUAGCUCAUCAGGACUAGUUAAUGCCAACUUUGCGAACUUCGAUAACUUCCCCAAAUCGUGCAGUGCUGAUUUUGCCUCGUUUAGCUCCACCCAGAGUAACUCUGUGGGGGAGGGUCAUAAAGCGGAAGCAGGCAGUGUCCCUGCGGAUCGAUACGCAGCCCUCGCCGACCUUGACAACAUAUUCAGCACCAAACCUGAGCAAGGUACGAGUUCCGCCCCUCCAUCAGCAGGUGUGGGUCCGCCCCCUCCACAGGCAGCUCUGUUGGGCGGCGAUCGCUACUCUGCUCUAGCUGAACUGAACACUGUCUUCUGCUCCUCAGCGCCAAAUGUGAGCGGCUACAACGCUGCCACCACAACACAAGGGUCUAUGUUUGGAUCCUCUACAGCCGUUCCUCCAGCUCAAGCACAACAGGGUUUACCCAGCAUGCUUCAGGGUUUUACAGGGCCUUCAACGAAUCCAUUCGUCGCUCCGGGGGCUCCGCAGGCCACUAACCCAUUUCAGACCAAUGGGAGAGGAGCAGCACCAGGAGUGGGCGUGGCCACAGCAGACAUGUUAGGACCCCUGCAGGGUCAGGCUUACCCUGCAGCCCACUUUGCCUCUUUCGGUCCACCGUCCAUGAGCAUGCCGACUGGGUUUGGAAACACUGCUGCAUACAACCUUCCCACCAGCUUCAGUGGAAACUUCCAGCAGGCAUUUCCUGGACAGCCGUUCACCCAGCCUCACGCGUAUCCCCAACAACCCAACGGAGGUUUUGCUGCAUUUGGUCAGGGUAAGGUCGCUCCUUUUGGACAGAACAUGACGGGACCUGGAAUAACCAACAAUCCCUUCCUGGCAGGGGCACCAGCAGCACAGUUUCCUGCAGGAGGCUCAUCCACAAACCCCUUCUUAUAGCACUCCUUUGACCUCCGGCGGGUGACCUGCGACUCGUUCGCACCUCUUGCACUGUUUUGUUGCGCAAGUAGCUUUAAAAAAAAACAUCAAUUUCUUAAAGAAUUUUUUUACUGAAUUUUAAGAUCAGAAGGAAAAAGGAAAAAAAACAGCAAAAGAAUAAAUACAUGAUCCUGUCUAUGGCAACAUCCAUAGCAUCAGAAAACAAAACAUGAUGCAGGGUUGUCUGGAGAAAAGGAGCUUUUUUUUUUUACCAUGCUCCUUUUGUCUUUCCUGUGAACUGGCCUGGAAAUCAUCUGCACAAUGUGGCGGAUAACUAAGUUAUUGCAAACCUCCUGUUCAUGUUAAUGCUGCAAUUCUGUAUAUAAUUCUUUCAUAGAAAUUGCUAAAUUUUAGAUCUUUGUGCAUAUCAGUAUUUGUAUCUUUAACACAUACACACACGUACACACACAUACAUAUGCUGCAUAUAUGGCGUUGACGUCCGCCAUGCUGUGAAUAACAUAAAGCAAGAAUGUGGAAUUCCUUUUUGACAUCGCCUUUUUGUGCUUUUGGAGUUUCUGAGAAUGAGGCAAAAAAACAUUGAGGAGCUACAAGACUCUUUUUGGAUGUCAACUCCUCCUGAACUCAUAAGACUCUGAAUCAAGACCACUUAUGUUACAGAAAUCUAAGUUAAUGUGUGUAUAUAUAUAUAUAAAUAAAUAUACAAUAUAUAUUAAAA